UUUGUCUCCGAUUUCAGUCCAGCGAAGCCACACGGCCAACACGGCUCUGAGCGAAGUCAGCGAGGCUGCCCACACGUAACGUUGCUACACGUACUACAACACCUACAACCAGCUACAACCACUACAACCUCGUUGAUGUACUAGAAUAGACAUGGCUGGAAGCAAGUUACCCAUGGGGCUCAUCAUGCCCACUGAACAUUCCGACGGACAGGCGACCCAAGGGAACACCACAUGCCCAGUGAUCGCCGGAGAGGACAAGUUUGGGUGCUGCUUCUGCAUCCUCACCACCGCCGACCCGCGUAAACUGGUUGGACACCUGACGGACCUCGCUUGCCAACCGUUUGAGAGGUUUGAGUGCCAGCCCUGCUCGAAAACCUUUCCCAACAGGUGUGCCUUCACGAGACACCAGAGGAUGCACGCAGAGGGAAGACCGUUCAAGUGUCCGCACUGUACUGCAGUGUUCCGCUUCAACCAUGACCUGGCAGUUCACAAGGCAAAGCACGCCGGUGAAAAACCCUGCAAGUGCACAAUCUGUCCGAAGGUGUUCGCUCGAAGCUCGGACCUUGCGGACCACCUUCAGGCGCACACAGAUGAAAAGCCUUACGGGUGCCUGGAUUGCCCCGAGGCCUCCAAGAACCACACCAACCUGUGCCAGCAUCUACGAACUCGCACGAGAAAGAAGCUUUACGGGGGACAUCUGUGCCCUGUGUCAAGAACUAAGCCGUGCCACCUCAUUGUUUAUGGCCGUACCGGCACUGGUGAAAACCACACAAGUGCACAAUCUGUGUGAAGGCAUUCUCCGAAGUGUCGGUUCUCAGGAACCACUUGCGGGUACACUCUAGGGAGGACGUUGGAAACUUUCGUCGAACUGUGGAUUCGACUUCGACAUCAAACUUCGAGGGCCGCUUGACUGGUUUGGCGAAUUUUCAAACUUUUAGCAAAGUUCAACGUAUGGACAGUGGUGCCCGAAUUCUACACACACAUUAAAAGUAUUGCUAAUAUAAAAGCAAAUUUUUGUAUUUUUAACGCCUUGAUAUUUUUUUAUUGAAACAAUAAAAGAUAUACCGAACAAA